AUGCUCUGGCUGUCUUUCGUGUACACGGCGUUUUUCGCGUCAUUGUGUACCGCUUUGAACCCUUUCGCCGAGAAGACUUGGGAAAACUCAAAAUACUACAGAAACAUUGACCUCGCCAAGUCAUAUGUCAAAGAAUGGUCUCUUAUUGAAGCCACCAAUAUCGGCGACAAACCAUUGGAUUCUUACGUGUACGUGGUGAAUGACGGUUUCAACGCGAUCCCCCACGUGUCUUUCCUCGGCGUCACGCUCACCGAGCCAGCCCUGGAGAUCCAGCCUUUUGAACUCGAUAACGGUGUUUACAUGUUCAAGUUCCCUUACCCAGUGGCUCCUGGCAACUCGGUGGAAUUCAAGAAAAUCAAGUUGGACGAGACCCAGAAGUUGUUGCUCAAGAUGAACAAGUUCCCUCUUUCUGGCUACCCUACGGAGGAGUACUCUUUGGCCUUCACUGGUAUCACCAAGGGCCAGGAAAUGGACUUGCAGUUGGCCAACGUCACGCCGACCGCCGAUGUGCCGGAAUUGAAGGGCAAGGUCGAGGAGAACCUCUUGGUGUACGGUCCAGUGACUGCCCACAUCAAGCCCUUCACUAUGGUGCCCAUGGGUUUCUUGUACGACCACAACAUGCCCGUGCAGCGUGUCAUCAACCUUGAGAGAAGCGUGUGGUUCCCCGCCUCAGACGUGGACGUGAUCCAGAACGAGGAGUACUACGAGCUCACCAACAACGGUGCCGAGUUGAAGGAUGGUUUCUCCAGAGUCGACUGGAUGAAGGGCCGUUACGAGAUCUUGCGUAAGCACUUUGCUCUUGCUCAAUUGGAGUUCCCAAUGCACGAGAAGAUGCCUUACGAAAACUACUACAUCACCGACAAGGUCGGUAUGGUGUCGACCCACCAGAUCAAGAGCGGCCACCUCAUUGUGGUGCCUCGUUUCCCACUCUUUGGUGGCUGGAACUACAACUUCACUAUCGGCUGGACCAACAAGCUCGAGAACUUUGUGCACAAGGUGAAGGAUGAGCCAGACACAUACAUUGCUGCUGUUCCGCUCUUGAACACCCUCCAGGACAUCUACUACGAUGACGUGACGUUGAACUUGUACUUGCCAGAGGGUGCCGAGUUCCUCAACUUCAGCGCUCCUUUGGUGCCUCGCGAGCUCACCGUUGAUGACGAGAAGAGUUACCUUGACUUCUCUCUGGGCCACGUGAAGGUGUCGGCCACCUUCGAGAACUUGUACGACGACUUGGGCCAGCUCACAGGCUACGUCAAGUACAGAUACACGCCCAAGGCGUACUGGACCAAGGUGGGCCGCAUUGCUGCUUUGAUUUUCGCUGGUUUGACCGCCUACUACACGUUGGGUCUCUUGGAUCUUUCCACGAAAUGA